AUGACGUGCGACAUCUACGUCUCGGAAGAAGCGAACAAUCGCUCCCCACAACUGGUCCCCCAGAAGAUCAAUUAUGGGGUGGGGGAGGAGCCGCCGCCGUUCGCCUCCAAGGCCGAGUGCGACAAGGGAACGCAUGACCGUUCCCGUAAGCCGCACCAGCCGGAGUCCCUGCCGCAAACACAUUUGGGCGAUGGUGUGCUGAUGAGGACCAUGGGACCAGACCAUCUGGAAGUCGCGACUCAUGCUGAGCAACAUUCGUUGGACUGGUCCCCUAAGCAGGGCAGGGCCCAAGAUCUGGAUCGAUUCCCCAAGGACUUGCUGCCUCCGAAGUUCGAGUCCAAACCUGCUGCUCGUCCGCCAACAAUACCACCAUCCCCGGAGAAAGAAUACAAGGAGGAAUCCCCUCAAUCGCCCCAGCGUAUCCUCCCUCCGCUCGUCCCCUCCCAGGAUCCCAAAUCGACAUUUCCGCCGCAACGUCCUCGUCUCUUGUCCCUCACCGCUCCAUCGACAGGUCCGCCAAUACACUUAGCGCCGCAUCGCAGAACCUCAACCGCAGAAGGACUCUCCCCCGAUUCCAAGCAGCCAGACCUGCACUCCCGCAUCUCUCUCCCAUCGCUCCAGUUGCUGGCUUCCCCUCCCAGUUCUUGUGUUGCAGCUUCCCCAGACACGGGCAGCAACACGCAAAGCCUACCUUCCAUUCAUUCCGCCUUAGGAUUGUCACAGUCCGAGUUCUCUUCAGCUCGGAUCAACGGCUUUGCUCCUCCCCCUCCUUACUCCUACCCACCGUCUGCUACAUCGCGUAAUGAUUCCCCCCACGAGCGUCAAUUACCUAGUCUUUUACCGCAGAUCCCUCCCAGUCCGCUCUCUCAUCUCUCCCCUAUCAGCAUUAAAGAUAUAUCCACCAAUGCUUCUCCAGCCUCACAGCCAUCUUUCUGGCGCACACCAACCUCGGCCGUGUCGACCGAGCCGCAACUUCCUCCUCCGCCGCCACCACCUCCGCCGCCACCCCCAUCAGAACCCAAUCAUCAUGCCUCCUCGAUGAUUGCGAAAAGCCCGGCCACUAGCUAUCCCACCCCUACGGAGCCAGUGGCCCCUACUGUCGGGGAGCGAACGUCGUUUAGCUCGCAUCCUUCGCCUGAGGAUGGAUCGGCAAUCACGAAUAUAGGUGUCUACAAAUGCACACAUCCUGGGUGUACCGCGGCCCCGUUUCAAACCCAAUAUUUGCUCAAUUCCCAUGCAAAUGUGCACUCUUCAGAUCGACCACAUUUCUGUCCUGUAGAAGGCUGUCCUCGUGGUGUAGGUGGGAAAGGGUUUAAACGUAAAAAUGAGAUGAUGCGGCAUGGCCUCGUGCAUAACUCGCCUGGCUACGUCUGUCCGUUCUGCCCGGAUCAGCAACAUAAAUAUCCCAGACCAGACAAUCUUCAACGACACGUUCGAGUCCAUCAUGUUGAUAAAAGCAAAGAUGACCCAAUACUCCGUGGAGUUCUUGCACAGCGCCCUAUCGGCAGUACACGAGGCCGUCGGAGGCGGCUAAAUGGAUGAUGACUUCUAUUGUUGAUCUGCGUUUCUGUGACCUUCUUAGCGUUGCGACCCACCGAGGGGAUAUGAAAUCAUAUCACGACUGCCCACCUCGGCACAUUUGCGAAUCCGACCCUUUUACGAGUUAAUGACUUUCUCAUCCGCGAUACCUUUCUUUUGAUUCGUUCUGAGCAGCUCUUUCUAUCUUUAUUUAUUACUCGAUUCGAUGAUACCACAUAUCACUGUUAGAAGCAUGAUGAUACACAGGACAUUCGUUAUGCGUUGGUUAUAGUGGGUGCUUGUCACCGCUAUUGUAACAUGAUCCACUCGUUAUUCUUCUGUCUUCUAUUUACCUCUUUCCCAAUUUGUUGGGCUUUGAUUUCUCUCUCUAUCUCUCUUCCCUAUGUGGCAUUGAACAGGGUCCAUGAUAGGAUCACGACCGGGAGUUGGU